AUGUCCCCAACCCUCAGAGACCUGAUCACUUCAGGCAAGAUUGGUGGCAGAUGCCUUCGUCAAAUCGACCAUUGCUACCAAAAGAUCGACGACCGCGAUUUCGAGGUAGCUCGCAAGAUUUUGGGAUCGGCCGUAUUCCAGAGUAUCCAUGGCGACCAGGAUCACGAUUACGACGUCGACCUCUCGACGCUUGCGAGAUGCAGUUUUUGCAGCUCCUGUCAAAGGACCCGCCUACAACAGGUCAAAGACUACCACCAAGAAUUGAUAAAAUGCUUCAACGAUGAACUUACAGCUUCUGCUGAAUCUAGACGUGAUUCAGGAUAUGACUCCGCUUCCGAAAGGGACCCCGAACAUAUCAGCGCGGAGUCUCAACAGACAGAGUCACAAAAACGCAAAGAACGACGCACCUGUCACCCUAAUCAGCUUGAAGAGUAUGCAAAGAAGAUCAAAGAUAUGGAGCGUGAGACCGAUGGCUUCCAGAGAGAAAUCACAGAUCUCAAACAGGAGCUUGAAAAUGGACGCAAACACUACCAGCAGCUUGAGCACCAACACGCGCAGAUGGUUGACUACGCCAACACAGAGUACGGCAAGGCAAUUGCUGAAGGAAAUGCAAAGUCUGCCGAGCUCGAGGAAGAACGCAGACAACACGAACAACUCAAGCACCAACACACCCAAACAAUCAAACAUGGAGAAGCAAAGUAUGCCGAGAUGUUCAACGAAGCACAGGCAAAGUUUGCCGAGCUCAUGCAGAAGAUCACCGGAUUGGAGUCUCGAAACUUGUGGAUACAGGAGCAGAUGCAUAAUCAACACACGAUUGACCAAAACGACUUAAUGAAGAUGGCUGCCACAAUCAAAGAGCUCAAUGCUGGGCUUAUGUACUGCCGUGGAGAACAGUAUAAGCUUUGGCUCACACCGACUUCUCAGCAUGUGGUCAACACGCUUGAGCCGAUGUAG